CCUUUGUUCUUCGUGUUGAUUGGCGACUCGGCUCAGGAAAUCCAGACAUUAAUUUUUGUUUCUUUGUAUUGUACUUUCUUAUUUUUAAGGGUGUUUGGAUCCCAUGUUUGAGUCACUUUCUGCACAGUCAAGGUGAUGUCUGAGGAAGGAGUUCUGCUUUUAAAACAUUUUCUCUGAUAAAUUUCGUUUUCGACUUUUACUCAGUUCAGAGAGAGGGUUUCCUUAUGAAUCUGGUGGGGACAACAAGAGAACUGCUUCUUUGUGAUUUCCAUUUCGAUUCAAGCCUGAAAAAUUCUUAGAGGUCAAAAGUUUGCCAUAGGAAAAAGUUGAAGAAAAAGAUGGGAUGUUCUACAUCGAAGUUGGAUGAUGAAGAAGCUGUCCAGCUUUGUAAAGAUAGGAAGAAGUUCAUUAGACAAGCUGUUGAGCAUAGAGCGAAGUUCGCCUCCGGUCAUAUUGCUUAUAUACAAGCCAUGAAAAGAGUUUCUUCUGCGCUUCGAGAAUAUAUUGAUGGAGACGAGCCCCGGGAGUUUCUGUUAGAUUCGUUUACGACACCGGCGUUCACCCCUAUAAAGAAAACAAGCCCUGGUUUCAUCUCAAUAUCACCUGACUCCUUCUCAGUAACACCAUUUAAAUCUGAAACCAACUCAUCUUACAAGAUAAAUUACUUCAAGUCUGGUGGAAAUUCUUCUGUUUCUGUUGAGGAGAGACUGCCUCAGUCACCAGAAACUUACAGAGUCCAAGCUUACUCUCCCAUCCGUCAUUUCGGUAUGGACAGCAUGUUCGCAAUGCAAUCAUCUCCAAUGAACGCUUCAUUCUUCCAGUACUCUCCCAAUAAUAGACCAAAUUAUCCUCCACCUUCUCCUCAAACAUCUCAAUGGGAUUUCUUCUGGAACCCUUUUUCUUCGUUAGAUUACUAUGGCUAUCCCACCAGAAGCAGCGUUGAUCAAGGGAUGCUGGACGAUGAGAAUGCUGAGCUACAACAAGUUCGAGAAGAGGAAGGCAUACCCGAGUUAGAAGAGGAAACGGAACAUGAAGAUAUUGAUGAUAGGAUGACUAAUAAAGAGGAGAGUGGUAAAUUUAACGUGAACAUUGAGAGAGAGGAAGUUGUCGUGGAAGAUGUUGACGACAGCGAUGACAGUGACAGCGAUUGUGAAACAGAUGGAGGACAUGAACUGGAGAAACAUGUCCAAGAAUUACCGUCCCAGGAAAAAGAAAGCAUAGAAGUAGCAAAAGCUCAAAAUGUAGGUCAAAUAAGUAAAAAAGAAACAGCAGUUGCUGAUUGUGAAUCAAAAGAGGAAACACCUGGCUUCACCGUUUAUGUAAACAGAAGGCCAACAAGUAUGGCAGAAGUUAUUAAGGAUCUUGAAGAUCAAUUCGUGGCUGCUUGUAAUGCGGCUGGUGAGAUGUCCUCCAUCUUGGAGGCCAGCAGGGCACGGUACUCGUCAUCUUCAAAUGAUCUAUCAGCAAUGAAGAUGUUGAAUCCAGUAGCAUUAUUUAGGUCGGCUUCAUCUCGAUCAUCAUCAGCAAGAUUUUUGGUCACUGCUUCAACUUCAAGAGAGGAAAGCUAUGAAAGCAGCAGCGAUUUAUCCGAGGAGUCCUGCAUAUGGAGUCACCAAUCGACAUUGGACAGAUUAUAUGCUUGGGAAAAGAAACUUUACCAGGAAGUUAGGGCUGGUGAGCGUGUUCGGAUACAAUAUGAAAAGAAAUGUGCACAACUUAGAAAUCAAGAUGUGAAAGGCGACGACCCUUCUUUUGUCGAUAAAACAAGGGCUGCCAUGAGAGACCUGGAUACUCAGAUAAAAGUUUCUAUACACUCUGUUGAAGCUAUCUCAAAGAGGAUUGAAACUUUACGGGAUGAAGAAUUGGAGCCGCAGCUCCUAGAAUUGGUGCAUGGGUUAUCAAGAAUGUGGAAGGUGAUGGCAGAGUGCCAUCAAAUGCAAAAGCGUACUCUAGAUGAAGCCAAGAUUUUGCUUGCUGGAACACCUUCAAAACUUUCUGGAACAAAGAAAUACACAAUAAUGUCGCCAUCCGAGCCACACAGGCUCGCUCGUUCAGCUUCUAACCUGGAGACAGAGCUUAGGAACUGGAGAGCCUGCUUUGAUACCUGGAUUGUUUCUCAACGAUCCUACAUCCAUGCACUUAGUGGAUGGCUCUUGCGUUGUGUUCGUCCAGAUCCCAGCACAAAGUUACCAUACUCUCCUCGCCGGUCCUUAGGCGCCCCACCAAUAUUUAACAUUUGCAUUCAAUGGUCAAGGUUCUUGGACGCCAUCCAAGAAGCCCCAGUACUCGACGGGAUGGACUUUUUCGUGGCAGGUGUCGGCUCAUUGUAUGCACAACAAUUACGGGAAGAUUCUCGCCGGCAAUCAGGUGGUUCAAAGAGGUUCGGACCGGAAAUUGCCGGGAACAUGGAGGUGGUGGAGGCGGGCCGAUUUGAAGAUGAAGUCAUGACCGCAGAAAAAAUGGCUGAGGUCGCCAUAAGAGUGUUGUGCGCUGGAAUGUCGGUUGCUGUCAGUGCGCUUACCGAGUUCGCUGUUAGUUCAGCGGAUGGAUACGCGGAUUUGAUCAAGCAAUUGGAGAAUGGGAAGCAAAGUUUACAUGGAACAGAGAAGUAGGUUGUGUUUCCUGUGGGUAGUAUAGCUGGAAAUCAGUGUAAAUUAGAACAAAUUUAACUUAUUUUGUAGCAAAUACGUAAGUAGUUGGUUGCUCUGUGCCUCUUCCAUUCAAUUCAAAUUUGAUUCUGUUCUA